AUGUUUCGGCCCAGGUCACGCGUCUUAGACCUGGAGACCUCACUGGCGCGCCGUGGGGCGGUAGGUGGUCGACAACGCCUUGGAGAAACGGUGGAGGACCAAGUGCAACAGCAGCUUGACCGACGGGACGAAGAAGUGAAGACCAUGAGAGAGGCCGUUAUUGAAUUGAGCACGCAGGUGGCAGAGAAGGAAGCUCAACUGGCGUCAAACCAAGAACGAUUGGCGGACUUUGUGAAUGCCCAGUCCUCAGCACCGGGUCCACCGGGUCCGCUGGCUGCGCCGCCGCGGCACUACCCGGGCGGCUGGCAGCCGCCCGGGGCCGCAGCGGCACCGGCGCUGCCGGCGGCGCCAGAGGCGGUGCGGAAGGCGGAAGCGCUGGGGCACGAGAUGUGGGAACUGCAAAGACUCAGAAUGCAGCAGUUGAGCCGACAGAUGGAGGACAAAGUGGAGGAGCACCGGGCCACCAGUUUAGACGCCUUGGAGUCACAGUGGUCUCAGUGGAUCCUGCGCAUCACCGAUGCCAUGGUCUGUGGCAACGUGCACGUCACGGCCCAAAGUGAUGAAGCAGCAAAGGUCUUGCAGCUUCCAGGCCGGGGCAGUGGACCGCGCUUGGCCAUGGUGGAUCGAGGCAACGGCAAAGCCAUGCUGCGGCUCUAUGCCUCCCAAGGAGACAAGACGGCAGCCAUGGAAGUGCACAGCGAGUGCAGUACUGCCACAGCAAAUGACGAAGAGUGUUCCUUCGAAAUCUGCGGCUUUGCAGGGCUUCAAAGGAGUGCACCGGGUCAGCGCAGAGCUCUCAGUCCUGACUUGCGGAUUGAGUGCAAGAAGCUGCAAACUGCCACAGGGCCAAAGGAGCAGUUCACCAAAUGGAAAGACGCGUUGAUGAAAUGUGGGCUGCUGGAGGGAGAAAAAAAAAAGACCGCCAAGCAGUGCUGGAGGGAACAUUUUGGGGAAGCCCAUUGGCCCAUGGUCAUGGCGGGUUUGCGCCUGUUGGGCGUUCCUGUGGUGCUUGGCCCUUUGGCCGUGGCGCUGAAACUGCAUUUGUUGGGAAUGCAGCUGCUGCCCCGAGUGCGCCUUGGAGGUCUGCUUCAGGCUGGGCAACUGUCGCCGCGGAAAUCGACUGCUUGGGUAGUGAAAUUAGGUGUGGAGAUGGGCUGGCGAAAGGAGACGGCGGAACUUGUGGCGAAAUGCCGCAAGUGGUACUAUGAUCAGACAGGCGAUCUGCGCCACGCGCGCCUUGCGAGUCCCUUGCCGAAGCUGGAGGAAACGAAGGCAGGCCACGUGGCGGUGGUGCGCACCACCCAGAGCGGUGAACGACUGCGGCCUCUGGCGCAGCUUGAGCUGGUGGAGGGACAACCCAACAAAGGUGAAGUCUCCUUGGUAAUCGACCCAUCGAUCACCUUCCAAGAGUUCAUGGGCUUCGGUACAUCCUUCACGGAGUCUUCCUGCAAGAUUUUGCAACAGAUGGGUUCCGCCAGCCAAGAGCGGAUAGUGGAUGCUUACUUCCAUCCAGAGACUGGUUUGGGCUUCAACAUGGGACGUCUCCACAUGAAUUCUUGCGAUUUCUCGGAUGGCAACUGGAGCUGCUGUGAAAACGAGGAUCUGUCGAAGUUCUGCGUGGAUCGAUAUGAAGAGGCGAUUCUUCCAAUGGUGAGGCGCGCGAGCAAAGUGGCAGCUGCGCCGCUGACGAUCUUCGCAAGCCCCUGGAGCCCUCCCAAGUGGAUGAAGGAUAGCGAACAGAUGUGUCAAGGAGGCAAACUGAAAGAAGCCUGUCGCCCUGUGUGGGCCAAAUUCUAUGUGCGUUUUGCUGAGAUGAUGAAGGAGAAGGGUCUAUCCUUAUGGGGUUUCUCAGUUCAGAAUGAACCCGAUGGACAGACGCCGUGGGAAAACUGUUUGUACAGUCCCGAAGAGGAGCGCGAUUUCAUUCGCGACCACCUGGGGCCUGAGCUGGAGAAGAGCGGACUGGAUUUAAAGUUGAUCGCCUGGGACCACAACAGGGAUGAUCUCUUCCUUCGCGCUCACACGAUUUACAGCGACCCAGAUGCGGCCAAAUAUGUGUGGGGGAUGGGCUGGCAUUGGUAUGGUGAUGCCAGAUACGAAUGGUGGGCCGAUGCGGCCGGGCAAAGUUGUUUCGACAAUGUGCGAAAGACCCAUGAGUUGCGCCCGGAGAAACACCUCAUUGUCACGGAGACAUGUCAAGAGUGCGGUGCACAUUUGGGCGAUUGGUCUUUAGCCGAGCGCUAUGCUGAAAGUAUCAUCAGGGAUUUCAAUAACUGGUGUGAAGCCUGGAUCGACCGAUUUCUCCCCGAAAGGGUCGCUCAGGAUUGGAACUUUCUACUGAAUAAAGAUGGAGGUCCCAACCACGUGGGCAACGUCUGCUCCGCCCCGCUACUGGCUGAUCUUGAGAAAGAGCCUGGGCUGCCUGAAAAAACUGGGCAGUGGUGA